CGCCCUCCUACACCGCCCCCCCGUCCAAUGCUGAGCUCAGUCUGCGUCUCGUCCUUCCGCGGGCGCCAGGGGGCCAGCAAGCAGCAGCCGGCGCCACCGCCGCAGCCGCCAGAGUCCCCGCCGCCGCUGCCCCAGCCGCCACCACUGCCGCCGCUGCAGGAGCAGCAGCAGCCUGCGCAGCCCGGCCCCGCCGCGUCCCCGGCGGGCCCCCCGGCACCCCGCGGGCCCGGGGGCCGGCGCGCCGAGCCAUGCCCCGUGCUGCCAGUGGCGGCCAUGGGGCGGCACGGCGGCGGCGGUGGCGACAGCGGCAAGAUCGUGAUCAACGUGGGCGGCGUGCGCCAUGAGACGUACCGCUCGACGCUGCGCACUCUGCCGGGGACGCGGCUGGCCGGCCUGACGGAGCCUGAGGCAGCGGCGCGCUUCGACUACGACCCGGGUGCCGACGAGUUCUUCUUCGACCGCCACCCGGGCGUCUUCGCUUACGUGCUCAACUACUACCGCACUGGCAAGUUGCACUGCCCGGCCGACGUGUGCGGGCCGCUUUUCGAAGAGGAGCUCGGCUUCUGGGGCAUCGACGAGACCGACGUGGAGGCCUGCUGCUGGAUGACCUACAGGCAGCACCGCGACGCCGAGGAGGCGCUGGACUCCUUCGAGGCGCCCGAUCCAGCGGGCGCAGGCAACGCUGCCAGCGCCACGGGCGCCCACGACGCGGGCCUGGACGACGAGGCGGGCGCGGGCGGCGGCGGCCUGGACGGUGCGGGCGGAGAGCUCAAGCGACUCUGCUUCCAGGACGCGGGCGGCGGCGCCGGGGGGCCUCCAGGGGGCGCGGGCGGCGCGGGCGGCACAUGGUGGCGCCGCUGGCAGCCUCGCGUGUGGGCGCUUUUCGAGGACCCCUACUCGUCGCGGGCCGCCAGGUAUGUGGCCUUCGCCUCCCUCUUCUUCAUCCUCAUCUCAAUAACCACCUUCUGCCUGGAGACCCAUGAGGGCUUCAUCCACAUCAGCAACAAGACGGUGACACAGGCCUCCCCGAUCCCCGGGGCUCCUCCAGAGAACAUCACCAACGUGGAGGUGGAGACGGAGCCCUUCCUGACGUAUGUGGAGGGCGUGUGUGUGGUCUGGUUCACUUUUGAGUUCCUCAUGCGCAUCACCUUCUGCCCAGACAAGGUGGAAUUUCUCAAGAGCAGCCUCAACAUCAUCGACUGUGUGGCCAUCCUGCCCUUCUAUCUUGAGGUGGGCCUCUCAGGCCUCAGCUCCAAGGCCGCCAAAGAUGUGCUUGGCUUCCUGCGGGUGGUCCGCUUCGUCCGCAUCCUGCGCAUCUUCAAGCUCACGCGCCACUUUGUGGGGCUCCGUGUGCUGGGCCACACGCUCCGUGCCAGCACCAAUGAGUUCCUGCUGCUCAUCAUCUUCCUGGCACUGGGUGUGCUCAUCUUUGCCACCAUGAUCUACUAUGCCGAGCGCAUUGGCGCCGACCCCGAUGACAUCCUGGGCUCCAACCACACCUACUUCAAGAACAUCCCCAUCGGUUUCUGGUGGGCUGUGGUCACCAUGACAACCCUGGGCUAUGGAGACAUGUACCCCAAGACGUGGUCGGGGAUGCUGGUUGGGGCCCUGUGUGCCCUGGCGGGGGUGCUCACCAUCGCCAUGCCCGUGCCCGUCAUUGUCAACAACUUCGGAAUGUACUACUCGCUGGCCAUGGCCAAACAGAAGCUGCCCAAGAAGAAGAACAAACACAUCCCCCGGCCCCCGCAGCCUGGCUCGCCCAACUACUGCAAGCCUGACCCGCCCCCGCCACCCCCGCACCACCCUCACCACGGCAGCGGGGGCAUCAGUCCGCCCCCGCCCAUCACGCCGCCCUCCAUGGGGGUGACUGUGGCUGGGGCGUACCCUCCGGGGCCCCACACGCACCCCGGGCUGCUCAGGGGGGGAGCGGGUGGGCUCGGGAUCAUGGGUCUGCCUCCUCUGCCAGCCCCUGGGGAGCCUUGCCCACUGGCUCAGGAGGAAGUGAUUGAGAUCAACAGGGCAGAUCCGCGCCCCAAUGGGGACCCAGCGGCAGCUGCGCUUGCCCAUGAGGACUGCCCGGCCAUCGACCAGCCAGCCAUGUCCCCAGAAGACAAGAGCCCCAUAACCCCCGGGAGCCGGGGCCGCUACAGCCGGGACCGAGCCUGCUUCCUCCUCACCGACUACGCCCCUUCCCCAGAUGGCUCCAUUCGGAAAGCCACUGGUGCUCCCCCACUGCCCCCACAAACUGGCGUAAGCCAGGCCCCCCAAGCUUCUUGCCCGACCUCAACGCCAACGCUGCGGCCUGGAUAUCCCCCUAGUGGACGAACCCCCUUCCCCGGGCUCUUGUCACCGCCUGAGACCUCGUGAGACCCUCGAUCCCCCCCUGCCCCUUCCCCCCAGGUUAGCAAUUGGGAAGGGCUGGGAGGGGGCAUCCCCAAGAUACUGGGCUUCCACCUCAACUCCUCCAGGCCCACUGCUCCGUCCAGCAGACCCUUGGCAAUGCCUAGAAAGCCCCAGAACUACCCCCAGACACUGGCAGUAAUGUCUCUAAGACAUUCCCAAGCUUUCAAGAAACCACACACGUGCUCCUCCUCAGUCUUAGAUCCCUUUGGCUACCAAGACACUGUUAGAACCUUCUCAGAAGGUUCCCAUUUAAAGACUUCCUGACCCUUUCGAGAUGCCCGGCAAGACCUUCAGGUGAGCCUUCCCUGAGCAGACAGCCCGUGGCGCUCUCCUCCGCCCCCGGGCAGCGCCCUGUGCCCCUUCAGCCCUCACAGCCCCACCACCUGCCUUUCCGCCUUUGUCCACAACGAGGUCAGCACCCCGCUGUGGCCGCCCGCCCCCACCCGAGCCCUCCCCACUGGCUGCUCCCCCACAUGCAUUCCACCUGAGCUCCCUCUCCGUUCCUGUGCUGCCCACCAUCAGCCUCGCUGCCCCCCACCUUUUUGCCUCAGAUGAGGGGGGCCAAGAGGGGGAGGGGGAGAGGGGCGGGCUGCGGUGGGGAUGGGGGGGAGGCUCGCCGGGCGCUGCCCUGCCUCCUAACCCUGAGUCUCUCCCCCUCCCCAUGUCUGAACCUUUCUCCCGAUGCCAACUGACUGUCCGAUUUGUUCACUUUUCUCUCCAUCUCCUUGGUCCGCCUCUGUCCAUCUCUGCCUCUCGCCGCCUGUCUUUCUGUGUCUUGAUGUCUGACUGUCUCUUACCCUCCCCGUCACCGGCUCCAUCUCCUGCCUUCUCUCCCGGGUCCCUCGUGCCUGUCCUCUCCCUCCAUCCCUGUCUCCUGCCGUUUUAUGUCUGUCCUCUUUCUCUAUCUCCGAUCUUUCUGCCUGUUUCUCCCUCGCCUCCGUCUGUCUUGGGGGUCUGUCUGUCGGACCCUCCCCUGCACCCUCUCUCCAUGCUUCUUCCUCCCCGUGUCUCUGCCCCGCCCCUUCCCCAC